AUGGCUCAACCAAUUUUAAUUCAUAUUGGAGAUAAUAAUGAUAUAAAAAUCGAUGAAGACGAUUUUCGAGUGAUCAAUAAACACGAGCAGUCUGAUUCAGAAACAGACUGGCCGUCUGUACGAUUAAUUUCUGCAAUAAUAUUUUUUGGUAUGAUUCAAAUGUCAGUGAUUGGAAUGUCUGAAUGGCCUUAUAUGAAAGAAAUUGAUCCAUUUGCUACGUCAACAUUUUUUGGCUUAGUCAUUUCAGUGUCUUCAUUGGGACAUGCAAUUUGCGCUCCACUGAUGGGCUAUUGGAGUUCAGCUAUCAACCGAACAAAACCACCACUUGUUGCUGGUAGACUUAUUGCACUGUUUGGUUGCUUACUUUAUCUGUGCUUGGAGUUUUUUUCUAGUGGACGUCGUUACAUUAUGUUAUUUUGCUAUACAAUUUUUGGCAUUUCAAUGAGUUCCGUAAGUGUCAUGCGAGGUUACGUUGCUCGGAUUAGCACACUGAAGGAUAGAGCAAUGGCUGUUAGCUUAUUUGGAUUAGCAAUAAUGCUUGCCAUUGCUGUUGGCCCCGUAUUUCAGUUAUUGUUUACUUCUCUAAAAUAUCCGGGACUUAAUCUUGCAGCAAACAAGCUACUACUCAACAUUUAUACUGGACCAAUUUAUGUGGCUACUUGUUCUAAUAUCAUUAGUUUAAUCUUGAUUGUUUGCUUUUUUAAAGACAGAGACUGCAUUCUUCAUGAAAAAUCUGAGAUAGUCUGUAAAAGUCCAAACAGAAAAAAUACUUUAUUGACUGAUUUGUAUUCGUUUGAUCUAUCCUUGGCAAUAUCAUGUAUUCUGGUACGAAUGAUAGCAACUCUAAGCAUAACCAUCAUUCAUACUACUUCUUCACCUUUAAUGAUGUCAGUAUUCGACUGGUCAAGCAUUAAAACGGUCCGAGUUGGCUCGUAUACUCAAGCUAUUGUUGGCUUCUUCAGCAUGCUAAUAUAUAUUGGCUUUGCAAGUGGAAAAUUCACAAAAAUAAUAAGUGAAAGAUGUGGCGCACUUGUAGCCAUUGUAUUAUUUGCAUUAUUUUACUUACUAACUUAUCCAUGGAGUUUCUUCAGUGGAGUAAUAUCAAUCAGAGAAGAAGAAAAUAUGACUGGUUGUGAUGCUAAUAUUUAUAAAUGGUGUUUGACGUCAUACGCUGUAAGUCCUGUAAUAUACAUCGGUUCAGCAAUUUCUGUACUUGGAAUUGCAUAUACUUUGGUCGUCAUUACAAUAGAUACAUUAUACUCAAAAAUCCUAGGAAAUAUCGAUCAGAGCGUAAUGCAAGGGGUAUUCUUAUUCGCGCAAGAUAUUAUCAACGUUUGCGGUCCUAUUAUCAUUGCGUUAGUUUUACUUCCGUGCCUUUUAGCAUUAAUUAAUAUUGUCAAGCCAAGUUUUACAAAAUGGGGGCAGAAUUAUAUAUGGAUGGCAACAGAAGUAAUCAUAAUUGCUGUAUGCAUCCGAUGGAUUAUAGUAUACAAGGAAUUACCCAAAACAGCCACAGUUCUUGGAAAAUGGCUAAGUGAGGAGCAUAAACGGACAUGUAUAUGUGUAAGAAUUGCUUGAAA